GCAGCAGUGCUCACAGUCUCUGGAGCUCACACAGGACGCGGUUCUUGCUUCAACAGUGCUUGAACAGAACUCACCCCCUGUGUCUUCUCACUUAACUCUCAAACGUUACCAACUACCACAACACCAACUACAACAUGACGUCCCAGAUCCGUCAGAACUUCAGCCAGGAGGUGGAGGCAGCCAUCAACCGCCAGGUCAACCAGGAGCUCUACGCCUCCUACGUCUACCUGUCCCUGGCGAGCUACUUCGACCGCGAUGACGUGGCCCUGAAGCACUUCCACAAGUUCUUCAAGGAUCUGUCGCACGAGGAGCGCGAACACGCCGAGAAGCUGCUCGCCUACCAGAACAAGCGCGGCGGGCGCGCCGUGCUCCAGGACAUCAAGAAGCCGGAGCGUGACGAGUGGGGCAGUGGUCUGGAGGCCAUGCAGCUCGCCCUGCAGCUGGAGAAGACCGUGAACCAGGCUCUGCUGGAUCUCCACGCUCUGGCCAGCGAGAAGAAAGACCCGCAGCUGUGCGACUUCCUGGAGCACGAGUUCCUGGAGGAGCAGGUGGAGUCCAUCAAGCAGCUUGGGGACCACGUCACCAAUCUCAAGCGCCUGGGCGUGCCACAGUCUGGCAUGGGAGAGUACCUCUUCGACAAGAUGACCCUGAGCAGCUAAACGGUGUCCUCCCAUCGACACGAAGUCGCGCACGCCAGCUGCUCUUUAUAAUCCGUAGUUUCUUCCUCGCUGGUGAAGUGUGCAGGGUCCUUCUAAAGUUCGGUUCUCUCCACGGUUGAUGUACUCCUUUGGUGGGGAGGGUGUAGAUAACAUCUUGAUGCUGUCAUUGUCUUUGCAUGAACAAGUGGAACCUCGUAGUGAGAAUAAAAAUUCUGAGCAUUAAAA